AUGGGUCUCCUCGACACUCUCAGCCCCCGAGCCAUUAUGGCCUCGGCCUUGGUGCUGAGCUCCCUCGCCUACGAUGUCGUCGCUCGACCUAGCCCCGAACCCAAAGCCGACUGUGUACGAAAAGGCCCUGCUCGCAAGAAGAUGUCGAAUCACAUCAAACGCGCCAUUGAGGGUCAGAGCCACACUCGACGAGCCGAAGAGGUCCCUUGCGCCGAUGUCCUAGCAAAGAGCAUCAUUGCUCCCAAGCCCAACGUCUGGGGACCGCUGACAGGCGAAGAGAUUUCAUCGGUGAUAGAGUGGCUCUUCGCGCAGGAAGAAUUCAACCUGACUGUCACCGAGAAGGCUGGACCUUGGGAUAACACCAUCCAACUUGUCGAGGCCAUGUGGCCAAACAAGACCGAUGCCCUUGCCUUCAUUGAUGGCGAUGCGCCUGCUCCUACCACGUACGCCCACGUCCUCUUGAACAACCGCGCAACCGAAAACCCUUACUACGCCGACAUCCUCGUCGGUCCUCUCCCUCUCGACAAUGCAACCGUUUCAUGGGAGCCCCUUACUUUUCCUUACAACAAGCCCAGCGGUGAUGGAAAGGUCCGUAACCUCGAUGCGGACGAUGACAUUAUAUACGAAGAAUGGAUCUGGAAGAUUAGCGCCUCUAUUGCCGACAUCACUCUCGACCUAUGGAACGGCACGGCCAUGGAUGAUGGCAGGAUCAUCCGUUGGGACGGCUUCUGGACCCUCCCUCCAGCUGACGAUGUUUUCGAUGCUGAAACCCUGCUGCCCCUGGGCCUGUACUUCAUGUCCGACAUCACCGGCCGUGACCCUAGCAAGUGGUCGCUCGAGGGGUGGCUCUACAACGGCACCUUCUAUGCAACCACCGAAGAGUUCCGUGAGGCGUACUGGAGCUCUUGCUUCAAGAAGAACGGCCCCAAUCUCCCCGGUGCCUGGGCGGACACUGACCAGAACGGAGAUGUUCCUCCUCUGGAUUACGACUACCCCCCGACCAUCGUUGCUCCAGCUGGUGCGAGAUACGGCGUCGAUCAUGAGCAAAAGUACGUCGAGUGGAUGGAUUUUAGCUUUUACAUUGGAUUUACCAGAGAUACUGGCAUGGCUCUGUACGACAUUCGCUACAAGGGUCAAAGGAUUCUGUACGAGCUUGGUCUGCAGGAGGCAUUGGCUCACUAUGCUGGUAACGACCCGUUGAACUCUGGCGUUUCCUACCUCGACACCUUCUACGGCUUUGGCCCCUACGCCUUCGAGCUCGUCCAGGGCUACGACUGCCCCACGCACGCCACCUACCUUAACUCCUCCUUCUACAUCUCGGAGACCACCCACACGCACAUCAACAGCAUCUGCAUGUUUGAAUACGUCUCUGAUUACCCGAUCCAGCGUCACACCACCAACCGUUACACGUCGGUGACCAAGAACACGUACUUCGUUGUUCGCUUCGUCUCUACCUUCUUCCUUGACGGCUCCAUCUCGGUCGAGGUCCGCGCCUCGGGUUACAUCCAGUCCGCCUACUUCGCCGGCAACGAGGACUAUGGCUUCAAGAUCCAUGACAACCUUUCUGGCAGCAUGCACGACCACGUGCUUAACUUUAAGGCUGAUUUUGACAUCCUCGGCACAAACAACUCCGUGGAGCUGGUGACCAUGGCGCCCACUACCGUUACAUACCCAUGGUCUAAGGGUAAGGCCAGGAAUACCAUGCACUUGGAGAGGUCGUUUGUCGAAAGCGAGGACGAAGGCCGGUUCAACUGGGCUCCCAACCAAGCCACGCAAGUCAUCGUUGUCAACGAGGACGUCAGGAACAAGCACGGCGAGUUCCGGGGUUACCGUGUUCUCCCAUCUACAGGCACUGCCCACUUGACCGUGCUCAACUCUACCAACCUCGCCAACGCUGGCCGCUGGGCUGAGUACGACAUCCAGAUCACCAAGCACAAGGAUACUGAGCCCAGGGCGGCGCACCCUUACAACAGCCAGGACGUGCACGACCCACCCAUUGACUUUUCCAAGUUCUUCGAUGGCGAGAGCCUCCGUCAAGAGGAUCUCGUCCUGUGGCUCAACCUGGGUAUGCACCACCUCCCCCACACGGGCGAUCUGCCCAACACGGUCAUGACCACGGCGCACGCUGGUGUGCAGUUCAUGCCCAGCAACUACUUUGAGGGAGACGAGAGUCGCAAGACGGUCAACCAGGUCCGCAUCAACUACUCGGAUGGCAAGGCCACCGAGGUCGAGACGUUUGGACAAAAGACCAAGGCCGAGGAUUACAAGGGAACCUGCAAGCUGGUGUUCGAGCCGGUCGAGGCGGAUCUGUGGGGCUACACCGGUGAUAUCGUGGUGAGGAAGUUCCCCUAUGAUCCUAACAACCCGUUCUUCCAAACCGGCUCCAUCGUUUAG